GGUCAGAUCUCACAGGAGACAUGAGGAACCUGCUGACCACCCAGGACCAGAACUUCUACCGUGAGCUGAUCCUGAAGGAGGCUUACACACGGCUGGCGUGGAAGAUGAAAUACAGCAAAGAAUACCCGACAACAUUCACGUCUCGUAGGUCCAAAUCCAUCGGGCUUUUUAACCCUCCAUCUGCCAGUAAACUCACGCUGCCCCCUGUGGUCCAAACGCAGGAGAAGCAGCGCGAGGCGCCCGCGAUAGUGCGGCGGUCCCUGAGUGAAGCCCCUCUGAUGAGGCCCGUGAGCCCGAAGACUAAAGCAGCUCUUUAUCAGGGAUUCUCCCAUGAAGGCAAAGGACGACAUCAGUACCUGAGGAAACGAGCCGAAAAAGGCCCUGAAGAAAAGUUUGAUUACCCAAUUCUCUCGUCCUGGGAUUAUGGAUGGAGACUAGGUGACUAUGAGAUUGACUGCAAGACUCCAGCCAGUGGGAGAUCUGGGAUUGUACGGAACACUUUCUACGCCAGGAAUGGCAUUUUUAAUAUUCCCACAGCAACCGAUCAGCUUGGAUGAAACGCACCUCACUGCACCUAAAAUCAAAAAUACUAUUUUCUGAAGUAAAUCUUCUGUUUACUGUAAAUUAAAUAAAUCAUAUAUUUUCUGUGUAAGCAUAUAUGCCAGGUUUUUAAAGCAUUUGAUAGAACUUUAUUGUAGAAGUUACAUGUAAAUGUCAAAACAGAUGUAUAGAGUUAAUUAAUGGAGAAAUGUAGAUGGGUUAAAUGGGUAACAGCCUUGCAAACUAACUCUACUGUCUCAUAGCAACCGGUAAACCAACACUGCAGCCCGCUGGUUCAUAAUUAACAAGCACUGGAAACUUUUCUGUUCUUCUCUACACAAAUACUCUAAAUAAAGGACUGAAUGCUCA